AUGAAGUACUUGGCCGCUUAUUUGUUGCUUGUUCAAGGUGGUAACGCCUCUCCUUCUGCUGCUGACAUCAAGUCUGUGAUCGAAUCCGUUGGUGUUGAGGCUGAAGAAGCCAAGAUCAACGCCUUGUUGUCUUCUUUGGAAGGCAAGGGCUCCAUCCAGGAAAUUGUCGCUGAAGGUCAAACCAAGUUGUCCUCCGUCCCAGCCGGUGGUGCCGCUGUUGCUUCCACUGGUGGUGCUGCUGCCGGUGGUGCUGACGCCGAGGCCGCCGAAGAGGAGAAGGAAGAAGAGAAAGAAGAGUCCGACGACGACAUGGGUUUCGGUUUGUUCGAUUAA